CCUCCCCACACAUAUAUGCAUACUCAAGAAGCCUGUGUGUUAAUAAGGAUAAGACGUUUUGUGCAAGUAUGGAAAUAUUUUAGGAUGAGUAUAACUUAUAGAUUUGUGUUUCAAUUGACUUCAAUGAAGACCUUGGGAAGAUGUGGAAGUUUUGCGGCUAUUAAAAGAUGCUAUCAUAAUGGGAACUAUGACGUGGCUAUUGUUGGUGGUGGUAUUGUUGGUCUAGCAACAGCACAAGAGUUGGUUGAAAGACAACCAGCCUUGAAGUGUAUACUAUUGGAAAAGGAGAAUGUUUUAGCAAAGCAUCAAACUGGUCACAACAGCGGCGUAAUACAUGCUGGCAUGUACUAUACACCUGGCUCAUUGCGAGCAAAAUUAUGUGUCGAAGGUCUUGAUUUAACAUAUAAAUAUUGUGAUGAAUACAAAAUUCCUUAUAAAAAAGUUGGAAAGUUAGUUGUCGCCACGUCCAAAGAUGAAAUUCCAUACUUGCAACACUUGUAUGACCGUGGACAACAAAACAAUGUGUCAGGGUUAUCUUUGAUUACUGAACAUGAAAUAAAACAGAUUGAACCGUAUUGCCAGGGCGUAGCAGCGCUACAUUCACCAAACACUGGUAUAGUUGACUUUGCAGAGAUUGCACGAAAGUGUGGCGACGUGUUUACAAGUAGAGGUGGCACAAUUGUUAAUGGUUAUGAAGUUACUGAUCUUAAGUAUUCUUCGUUGGCGGAACAAGAUGAAAAAGGACAUGCUUACCCAGUCAAUAUUCAUGGUCUGGACAAGCCUCCACUAUCAUGUCGUUACGUCAUCACAUGCAGUGGCUUGUAUUCAGAUAAACUAGCUGCUCUCACUGGAUGCGACAACGAACCGAGAAUUGUUCCUAUUCGUGGAGAUUACUUUACAUUGCGGCCUGAGAAGAACUAUCUAGUGCGAGGAAAUAUUUACCCAGUGCCAAACCCACAGUUUCCGUUUCUUGGUUUUCACUUCACACCAAGAAUGGAUGGUAGUGUGUGGAUGGGACCAAACGCAAUUUUGUCUUUUAAAAGAGAAGGUUAUAACAGAUUGGAUUUUGACUUGAAAGACACAAUAAAUUCUCUCACAUACAGAGGAUUUCAACGUUUGUUACUAAAGCAUUGGAAGUUUGCUGUUACCGAACUUCUCGACACUUUUUACGUUCAAAGAAUUGCUCAGAGAUUACAAAAACUUGUUCCAGAAAUUGAGCUGAAAGAUCUUCAAAGAGGUCCAUGUGGGAUUCGAGCUCAAGCCUUGGAUCGUGAUGGUAACCUUGUCGAUGACUUUGUUUUCGAUUUCGGCGAAGGGCAAUUGGGAGAGCGUUGUCUGCACGUGCGCAAUGCUCCCUCCCCCGCCGCAACGUCGUCUCUUGCAAUUGCCAAGAUGGUGGUCGGAAAAUUUCAGAAAGAGAUUUUACGUGGAAAUAUUUAGACGGUGUAAUUGAGAAAUACUUGGAUUACGAAGAGGAUGGAGCAGUUCGUUCCAAGUAAAUUCAAAUAAAUGCUGUCGCUAUGCAGUCAAGUUUCUCUAAAAGGAUUACUUUAAAUUGAAAGACUAAACAUGAAAAUAAACUGAAUUUAGAAUGUAAAGCACAUUGUACAUUCUUAUAAUAGACAUUGUAUUGUAUGGCCGUGCCGUAAUCAUUAACUGAGGGAGUAUGGUAGCUACCCGUAUAUACAACCUGUCAUAAGGCCUGUUUUGUAAAAUUGAAAUUUUUAUAAACAAAAGUGAGGCGUACAUGCUUGUUUUAUAUUACCUGUAUCUAAAACAGUCAAACCUAGCUGAAUCUGUAUUUUUUCAAGAUA